UUCUGACGGUUUAUUUCCUUCCUCCUCUCCACUUUCACUUCCAUAAAGCUCUACAAAUCCUGCGCCCUACCACACUGAAUCCCACUUCCAAAAUCGAAACCCCACAAUUUCCGACCCGGCGGUCAGACCUGUUUGAUUUUUCUACAUCCUAAACCCAAAGGCAACAAUCUCGGUCAGAGACUGAUGUCUCUCCUAGGCGACGAUGGCCGCGGCUUCGAGCUAGCUCGCAAGCUGGAGACGCAGGGGGUAUGGCGUUCGUGGCUUGGAGACUCUCUCUACUCCAACUUUGUUCACUUCCUCUCCUCUCCUUCCGCAUGGGAUUCCUUCAUGCGAGCUGACGAACCCAAAUCCAAACCUCAGAUCCACCUCCAGCUCCGUGUCCGUGCCCUAUUGUUCGAUAAAGCUAGCGUCUCUCUGUUUCUUUCUUCCAAUAGUCCCGCUACUUCCUCUUCCUCGAUUGCUGUUUCGAAGCUCAAUCCGAAUUAUUUGCAGCUACAUGGGGAUGACGUGUACUUCACACUGGAGGACGGGGAUCAACGGCGAGAAGCAGGUGGUGGUGUAGGGCCAAAUGCGGCGCCGUCUAAGAGCCAUUCUAAAUCUUCUUUUAGUACUGGAUCAAGAUAUGGUGAUUCUGAAAUGGAAAGCAUACCCCAGAGAUUCAGGAAUGAAGAAUUUCCUGAAACAUGGUAUAAUCAGUUUAUGGAAAAGCAUAAAGUUAGUAGGCCAUACAGGUCAUCAUUUGGGGACAGAGACUUAGACAAGCGUUCGCCUGAGGAAAUGUCUAAUUAUCUUGGACUGCUUGAUAAGCAUAAGAGAAGGUGUCUUGCAUUUACACCAAGUAUGCAUACCAGUUCUGUUUUAGAUGGUAAUUCUGCUGAUGCUGAUGUAUCUUUUUUCCCGGAAACGAUGUUUAUGUCUAAUUGUAUACCUGAUAGUGCACUUCCGCUGAUAAUUCGAACAAAAAGCAAUGAAAAAAUUGAGUUUCGUGGAGUUCUUGAUUCAUUACCUCAGACCAGGAGUUCUGUUGUGAUAGAGAGGCUUGGUAUUAGUGUGGAACAAGGAGGAAGCUUGCAUCGUCCAAAAAAUGGGUCUGAAGGAAAUAAGAAACUUCUUGGUCAAGAGCAAGCAUCACAGAUGUGUCAGAAGGUAGUGGCCCAUAUGUUGGCACAGAAGGGGUUUGAAGGUGCAACGGAAGUUCCAUUGGAAGUCUUAUCUCAAUUGCUUAGAUGUCAUAUUAGUAAACUGGGCCACAUUUUGAAAGUCUUUGCUGAUAGUUAUAGGAAACAAUGUUCAGCAAUCGACCUAAUCAAGAUGUUUCUUCAAACAGCAGGAUAUAGUAAUCUUGGAAAUCUGGUGGAGCUUAAGGAUGGCUCCAAGAAUAUUGUGCAACAAACGCAACAACAAAUACAUGGAAUCCAGGCACAGUUGCAGCCUCAGCACCAGAGCGCCCUUCGGCUACCCCAGCAACUGCAGAUCUCAAGACCAAUGCAUCCACAAAUGCAGCAGAUGGUUCUUCCACAAAAUUUGGCUUUUCAGCAGAUGGAGAGAAUGCGAAGGCGGCAACAAUCCACCCCUCGCCCUGCAAUGGAUAUGGACAAGGAAAGACCAAUGGUACAAGUGAAGAUUGAAAACCCACCAGAUUUGCCAAUGGAUGGAAAUGCCUUCAAUUCCAUCCAGUCCAGACACCCGCAGUUGCAGUUCCGACAGCAACAACUUGCUGCAAUGUCAAAUCUCCAAGCACAAUCUAGCAAUCAAUUUAGGCAGUUGGCAUCCAUGCAAGUUCCUCAAAUGCAGACACCGAACAUGGGCAUUGUUAGGGCUCCACCAGUGAAGGUUGAAGGUUUUCAGGAAUUGAUGGGUGGGGAUGCUUCAGUAAAACAUGACACUGAGGAAAAUAAGCUAACCUCUCCAUCAAGUAAAUAGCUUUGCUAGCUAAGCAUACUUCCCAUCACAAUUCUUUUGGCCUUUUCUUCUUGUUUAGAGAAAUGUUUAUUUUGUAUAUAUGGUAAUUUAUACUUUUCCAUAGUGAAUUUUAUGGUUUUGACAAAAUUAGGGUUAUACUUU